AUGGCACACAAACGAGAAACAGUUGCAGUAUUUGUUGUAUUCUGUUUCCUAGUAUACAUUUCUAUGAACAUGAUGACAAAGAAAGACUACGAUUUAAAAGAAACAGCCGUAAAAUUGCCUACAUGUGAACUUCCUGAAAAUCUUUUUAGAAACGAACAACCAUCAACAAUACGGAAACCAAAUUUACCACAGGUCAUACCUAUUUUACCCAUUACAAAAAGGAACAAAUGCAUUGACAAGGUAAAAUGGAAUCAUGCAUCAGACUUUUCAUACUUCUAUAUACCAUCUUUUCAUUUCUGUGUCAAUAGUAAUAUCCAUCCAGAAAAAGUUCAACAAUUUCAUUUCGAACGACUUGUUAAUACUGGUAAUUACAACAUCACAUCUUCAUUUUUCUCUUUUCUGAAAAGGAAAUCUGAUGUUGUUAUAAUUGAAAUCGGAGGUUACACGGGUCAGACUCUACAGAAACUUAUUCCUGUAACUGGUGCCAAACACUAUGUAGUUAUAGAACCUGUUCCUAGUUUCUACAAGACACUAAACAAGAAUAUUCAGACUUUAAAUUUCAAUACAAGUGUAAAAACAUAUAAUUUUGGCCUCUCUGGAAAUCGCACGGAAUUGGACGUAGAAGUAGUCGGAGACGGAACAAAAAUGUUAAAAAAAUCAAUCUUAAACACGACUGAAAAGGUUCAAUUAGUGGGUGUUUUGGAUUUUUUCAUUCAACUAGGAGUGGGAUGUCAUAGAAUAGACCUUCUGACUGUUAACUGUGAAGGCUGUGAAUUUGAUGUUUUAGAGAAUUUGUUGUCCACGAAUCUGAUUCAGAAAUUCGAUUUCAUACAAUUUCAGCCCCAUCAUUCUGCUCCUAAUAUAGGAAAUUUUCUGUGCCGCUAUUGCAGACUGCGUCAACUUCUCGCACGUACCCACGAGGUGGUAUACAAGUUCCCUUUUCUAUGGGAAGUCUGGAAAAGAAAGGAAUGA